AGAAAACAUGGAAGAAAAAGAAAAUGGGAUAUUCAGAAGCUCCCAUCAAUAUUCUCCUUGUAUCAUAUCCAGCACAAGGACACAUAAAUCCUAUGCUUAGAUUAGGAAAGUGUCUUGCAUCAAAGGGUUCUUCUGUUAUCUUCAUCACAACUGAGAAAGCUGGCAGAGAGUUGAGAACUGUUAACAACAUCAUUGAUAAAUCAGUCAUUCCAGUUGGUAAUGGUUCUCUCGCAUUCGAGUUCUUUGAAGACGGUUUAUCAGAUGAUGAUCCCAUUAGAGCAAGCCUUACUACCUACUUACCACACCUCGAGCUCGUUGGGAAAAAGUUUCUUUCUCAAAUGAUCAAGAAUCAUGCUGCUGAUGAGUCAAAUACACUGAUUUCUUGUAUCAUAAACAAUCCUUUUCUUCCAUGGGUUAGUGAUGUAGCUGCUGAACUCGAGAUUCCUUCUGCUUUAUUAUGGAUUCAAUCCGGUGCUGUUUUCGCAGCUUACUAUAACUAUUUUCACAAACUGGUACGUUUCCCUUCGAAUGCAGAACCUUAUAUUGAUGUUCAAUUGUCUUCUCUAGUCCUUAAAUACAAUGAAAUACCAGAUUUCCUUCAUUGUUUUAGUAAGUAUCCAUUUCUUGGGUCACUCUUAUUGGAACAGAUUAAGAACUUGUCUAAAGUGUUUUGUGUAUUGGUGGAUACCUAUGAGGAAUUGGAACAUGAUUUCAUAAAUUAUAUUUCAAAAUAUUCUGUCUUAAUAAGACCCAUUGGUCCUUUAUUUCAAAACCCAAAAACAAAAACUGCAAGUAAUAUCUGUGGUGAUUUAGUUAAGAGUGAUGAUGAUUGUAUUAUAGAGUGGUUAAACUCAAGGCCACAAUCAUCUGUGGUAUACAUCUCAUUUGGGACUAUUGUGCACCUUCCUCAAGAACAAGUGAAUGAAAUUGCCUAUGGAUUAUUGGAUUCUCAAGUCUCCUUUUUGUGGAUACUAAAAGUAAAACCAUCUCUUAAUGCUAAACAUGUGGGGUUCAAACCACAUUGUUUGCCUGAUGGGUUCUUGGAGGAAACUAGUGGGAAAGGAAAAGUUGCGAAGUGGUGUCCACAAGAACAAGUACUAGCUCAUCCUUCAGUGGCAUGUUUCAUGACACAUUGUGGUUGGAACUCGUCGAUGGAGGCACUUACUUUAGGAGUGCCGAUGUUAACAUUUCCAGCAUGGGGUGAUCAAGUUACAAAUGCAAAGUUCUUGGUAGAUGUUUUUGAGGUAGGGGUCAGAUUGGGUUAUAGUCAGGCGGAAAAUAGAUUGGUAUGUAGAGAUGAGGUGAAGAAAUGCUUAUUGGAAGCAAUGGCAGGGCCAAAAGCAGAGAUGUUGAAGCAAAACACAAUCAAGUGGAAGAAGGCAGCGGAGGCUGCAGUUGCGGUAGGUGGUUCCUCUGAUCGGCAUAUUGAUGCAUUUAUGGAAGACAUUAAGACACGAUUCAAAAGAUGUAAUAAGUUGUCUUGAUUAUGUGCCUUGUCCAUGGUGUACGAAAUACAUGCCCAAAAAACCGAUGUUCAAAAUAAAUUUACGUGUGCGAAAACCAAAGAUAUAAAAGUAAUUUCUGAAUUUUCUAUAUUGGUAAAUACAUCCCUUAAAUUGUGAAAA